AAUUUAAGUCAUUACAAUGCUCAGAAUAUCAAUUUUUAUAUUAUUUUUGAUACACGUCGCCUAUUGUCAAAAUCAUGACAUUGACAUAAACGGCUACAUUGCUUUUUGUCCCUGUAUGGGACGUUUUGGCAAUCAAGCGGAUCAUUUUUUAGGAGCUUUAGGAUUUGCCAAGGCUUUGAAUCGUACUCUCCUGUUACCGGCAUGGGUCGAAUAUCGUACAGGAGAAACGAGAUCCAUACAAGUACCUUUUGAUACCUAUUUUAACGUCUCGCAAGUACAAAGCUGCCACAAAGCAUUAUUAAUGGAGGACUUUAUGAGAGACGUUGCACCAACGUUGUGGCCACCUGAGGAAAGAGUAUCUUUUUGUUAUUCGUCUCGUACAGGAAGCGAGGGAGAGUCCUGCAAUGCGAAACAAGGAAAUCCAUUUGGUCCUUUUUGGGACACAUAUAAUGUAGAUUUUGCUCGAUCAGAAUUUUAUGGUCCGCUUCAUUACGACGUGCAUCACACUGACAUGAAGGUGCAAUGGCGAAAACGCUAUCCAGCUGCGACUUGGCCGGUGCUAGCGUUCACAGGCGCACCCGGCAGUUUUCCGGUACAAUUCGAGAACAAGUAUCUACAGAAAUGUCUUAAUUGGAACGACGAUAUGCUCGAUAAAGCAAAGGCGUUUAUAAAAGAAAAAUUACCAAAAGGUGCAUUUGUUGGCAUACAUUUGCGGAAUGGAAUCGAUUGGGUACGCGCCUGCGAACAUAUAUCGUUCACGCCGAAUCUUUUCGCCGCACCUCAGUGCCUUGGAUAUCGCAACGAACGUGGUAAAGCAACCAUGUCUAUGUGCCUACCAUCGUUCGAUUUAAUAGUACGUCAUCUGAAACGUGUCAUUCGCAAUGGCAAUGAUAUCAAAUCAGUAUUUGUGGCUUCUGACAGUAAUCACAUGUUAGAUAAACUCGGAGAAUCUUUGGCACGUAUGAAGAUACCAGUAUUUCGGCAAGAGUCGUCGGCAUCGCCUCAUUUGGAUUUAGCAAUUCUUGGAAGGGCUAAUUAUUUCAUAGGAAAUUGUAUCUCUUCCUUCUCUGCUUUUGUAGCAAGAGAAAGAGAAGUCAAGGGAUAUCCGACAUUCUUCUGGGGCUUUCCUAACGAAAGAUCUUCUACAUUUCAUUCAGAAUUGUGAUUUUUGUAAUUUUUUAUAAUUUUAUAUAUUAAUAAAUUAGUAAUUAAACAUUGAUUUUGGAAAAAAUACAAUCAUAAUGCAUACAGAGCAAGCCAGAUCAAUCAGAGUGAUAUUCUGCAAAGUAUUUUCAGUCUGUAAUACAAAUUAUUCCAUAAAAAAGUAGAAAACACGAAUCUACUUGACUUACAACGUACUCUAUUUUACUCAUACUUAUACAAAUAUUUGCAUAUAAAAAUAUGAAUCUCGACUGAACAUUGAUCGCAGUAAAAUUGCAUAUCUUAUAAUAUUAUUCGCUUCCUAUAUCUCGCAUGUUGCACAAUGUUUCUUGUAAAACACGAGCAAAAUCCUUCGUGUUAGUCUUUUCGCAAGCUCUAAACGAAGAACAGGCGAAUAGAAUAUCUUUUGCUCGUGGAUUGUAACAGCAACCAUAACCGUCGGGAACAACCGGUCCAUAGCACAUGAAAGAGGCUGAAGUAUAUGGUACCUUUAUAAGA